GACUGCUUGCACAUUUUGCGGAAAACUGCAGAUUCACUCACUGGCAGCAUGGCGACCGACAAGAAGGCACCCCUGGGCUCCAUCGAGAACCCGAUCAAGUUCAUGGAUCAGGACUUUAAGACCCUCCUGGAGGAGAGUCUGAAGUCCGGAGAGCUGUUCGCUGACCCGGCCUUUCCAGCUGAGCAGGAGUCCAUCGGUAUGCCGGAAGCCACGGACCCAAAGAAGGCGAUCAAGUGGCAGCGACCCAAGGAAAUCAGUGAGAAUGCUGUGUUUGUGGAGGGCACGACUGGGACCACUGACAUCUGUCAGGGCCAACUGGGUAACUGCUGGCUGCUGGCGUCUCUGUCCUGUCUCACCAUGCAUCCUAAACUCUUUGUGAAGGUGGUUCCUCCCAACCAGAGCCUGUCAGAGCCGUACGCAGGGAUCUUCCACUUCAGGUUCUGGCAGUAUGGUGAGUGGGUGGAGGUGGUGGUGGACGACCGGCUGCCAACACGCGAAGGCCGUCUGCUCUUCAGCUACUCUCACACCCGCCACGAGUACUGGAGCGCCCUGGUGGAGAAGGCCUACGCCAAGUUAAUUGGAAGCUACGGAAGCCUGAAGGGGGGCAACAUCUCAGAGGGGAUGGAGGACUUCACAGGAGGGAUCGCGUACUCCAUGGAGGUCUCAAGUCGGACCCCUCGAGUCCUCUGGAGGUCCCUGACAGCCGCCCUGUCCCGAGGCAGCCUGCUCAGCUGCUUCACCCAGGCCAGCAGCUACCUGGACAUUGGUAAAGUGACAGGAAACGGGCUGAUUAAGGGCCACGCUUACGCCAUCACUGACACCGACAAGGUGAAGAAAGCAUCAGAGGAGAUUCUGUUGCUGAGGCUGAGGAACCCCUGGGGCUUCGUCGAAUACCGCGGACCCUGGAGCGACAAGGGUAAAGAGUGGGAUGAGGUGGACAAAGCAGAGAAGGAAAGGAUUGAGCUGAAAAAGAAAGAAGAUGGAGAGUUCUGGAUCAGUUCAGACGACUUCAGCAGCCUGUUUGACGUGGUGGAGCUGUGCAGCGUGAAUCCUGACUCUCUGGUGGAGGGAAACUCACCUGCGUCUCCGUCUGCCCCCGCCCUCCCGUCUACCUGGACCAUCAGCGAGCAUGAAGGCCUCUGGGCGUCAGGGAGCACCGCAGGCGGCAGCCGCAAAUACAACCGAACUUUCUGGAAGAAUCCUCAGUUCCAGCUGGUUCUUACGGAGCAGGACCAGCCAGAAGAGGAUGACGAGGACGAUGAUGACGACGAUGAUGAUGAUGAUGAUGAUGUGGAGUUAACCCCAGAGGAAAAGAAGCGAGCAGAGAAACAGAAGAAGAAAGCCAAGCAGUGCACGGUGCUGGUGGAGCUGCUGCAGAAGGACCGCAGGCUGAACAAUAAAGUCAACUUCCGCUACAUCGCCUUCCACGUCUACAAGGUCCCUUCUGAUCUCCAGGGUGUGUGUCUGAGCCGCGUCUUCUUCAUGAGAACUCGCCCCGUGGGUCGCUCUGGGAAAUAUAAGGCUCAGAGGGGCGUGUGGCGAAAGCUGCAUCUGGACCCGGGACACUACAUCAUCGUGGUGUCCACCCACCGACCCAACCGGCCCGGAGAGUUCUUUGUCCGCAUCUUCUCCAAGACCGGAAACACUCUGGGGACUCAGGACUUCUCCUGCUCCUCUGGAUACCUGCCGCUAGUGAUGGCGGCUCCCAUCUCCCCAGAUGAUCAAAUGAGAGUUCAGAAGACUUUUGAUGAGGAGGCUGGCCCAGACGACAGGCUGAAUGCCAAGCAGGUCAUGAAGCUGCUCAACACAGCUCUGGACAAAGAUUACCAUCUACCACUGGAGACAUGCAGACAGCUCAUCUUUGGAGAGGAUACCAACGGGCGCUCCAGCCUCAGCCGUAAACAAACAGAAACCCUGCUGGCCAGCCUGCGCCAUCUGCAGUCCAUCUUUUUCCAGUUUGAUGAGGACUCUUCUGGGACCAUGAGUCCCUUUGAGCUCAGCUCAGCGCUGGAGGCUAUUGGGAUGCAGUGUGACAGCAAAGUGCUUCAGCUGCUCUCGGAGCGUUUUGCAUCUGGAGAGCUCCACAUGCCCUUCCACGGCUUCGUGUCAUGUGUCACCAGGAUGCAAAAGCUUUUCGCUCUGUAUGAAUCAGAGACCAGUCAGGAGGUGAAAGACAGAGGGAUCAACGCUUGGCUGCUGCAGUUCCUGAUGUUGUAAAGCUGCUAAAUGAAGAGUGUUCACAUCAGACGCAGCAUGAUCCGGAGACAAGCUGACAACAAUUAAACUGUAUUUUAGUACUGUUCCUUCAUGUGGGCUUUAUUAUAUUAUAGUCCAGAGACUGACAGCUGCAGCUGUAAAAAAUGUUUGUAGAAAUAACAGUAAAACACUGUCAAAUACAUCAGAAAUAGGACGUAAAAUGAAAGAUUGUAUAUCACCGUAU